AUUUUUAUCUCUGCAAUGAUAAAGAUAAGAGGAUCUCAACACGCUAUUUGGCGAUCAGUCGUUCUGUCGAAAGUCUCAGGAUCGGCAAUCGUAUCGGGAUCGACGAUCAUGUCGAGCGAAUUAGAUAUCAAAAAUUACUUUGAAUUUGUUAAAGAGCUAACCUUGAAAGCAGGAGAGAUAUUUAAACAUGGUUUCGAAGGACAAAAAAUUAUAGAAUUUAAGAAUCAUGAAUUGGACUUGGUAACGGAUUAUGAUAAAAAAAUCGAAAAUCUAUUGAUACAAAAUUUGAAAGAAAAAUUUCCGGAUCACGAAUUUAUGGCGGAGGAAACUGCGAGUAAUUUUAAAGAAAAACCGGUAUUAACGGAUAAACCCACCUGGAUUAUAGAUCCCAUAGAUGGAACGAUCAAUUUUAUAAAUUCCUUUCCAAACGCUUGUAUUUCCAUCGCUUUGGUAAUUGGCAAAGAAAUUGUAAUAGGAAUUAUAUAUAAUCCGAUCAAUUCGGAAUUAUAUACUGCGAUCAAAGGACAAGGAGCUUAUUUGAACGAUAAACCUAUUAAAACUUCUAAUGUUACUGAAAUGAAAAAAUCUUUGAUAGAGAUCGAAUUAUACUCGCUUGGCUUUUCUUCGAAAAAUCGAGAUAUCAGAUGGGGAAGAUUUGAAGCUUUGAUUCAUUCUGUACGAGGAAUUAGAAGUAUGGGAUCAGCUGCAUUGGCUUUAGCGUUUGUAGCAAAAGGUGCAUUAGAUUGCGUUCAAAUGGACAGUCUUCAACCUUGGGAUGUUGCGGCAGCGGUGUUAAUUAUUCGAGAAGCAGGUGGCACUGUAAUUGAUAUUAAAGAAGAAAAAUUUAAUUUCAUGAAUGCAAAAAUAAUUGCGGCAGGAAAUGAUACAUUAGCGAUGGAAAUAAAACGAUUGAUCAUUGACACCGAUUUAAAAACAAUGCGAAAGAGAAUGACCAGGACAUAAUUAAAUUUCAAAUA